UAGCGCUUCCGGGACGGCGCUGUGGGACUUUUUUGGCGCGAGUGGGGACGGCGGCCGGGAGGGCGCGGUCAGCGCUCCGCGUUUUGGGUCCUGGCAGCGCCAUGCGCUACAACGAGAAGGAGCUGCAGGCGCUGUCUCGGCAGCCGGCCGAGCUGGCGGCCGAGCUGGGCAUGCGGGGCCCCAAGAAGGGGAGCGUGCUGAAGCGGCGGCUGGUAAAGUUGGUGGUCAACUUCCUUUUCUACUUCCGGACGGACGAGGCCGAGCCCGUCGGAGCCUUGCUGCUGGAGCGCUGCAGAGUCACCCAGGAGGAGCCCAGCGGCUUCUCCAUCAGCUUCAUGGAGGACCCGGAGAGGAAGUAUCACUUUGAGUGCUGCAGUGAGGAGCAGUGUCAGGAGUGGAUGGGGGCUCUGCGGCGAGCCAGCUACGAGUUCAUGCGGAGAAGCCUCAUAUUCUACAGGAAUGAGAUCCAGAAGAUGACUGGCAAGACACACCAAGCACCCGUGACUAACCUGCCCCACGUCACCGGCCCACGUGCCGCGAGCUUACUACGCACUUUGGUGGACCGCGGCGGGAGCCCCGGACGAGCAGGGACGUACGACAGUAAAUGCACUUGCACCAGCCCACCAUGCCGUCGGGAAUCGGGUACCAGACCUUCCCCAAGCACCACUCGGAACGGGUCCGCGCAGGAUCGGGGAGGGUCUGACCGCCCUCCGCCCGCCGACCGUUCCUAUGCCAAAGGCGCUGAUCCCAGGCCGAAGGGCCAACAGUCCGGUAGGAGCCGUUCACAGUGAUGGGGCGGGGGCGGGCGCCCCCUCGGGGAGAGGGCCUCUUCCGAGGAAUGUCACGACAGCGCGAGCCACCCUCCACCUGGAGACAGCCAUGCCUUUGGUAUAGGAAGAGCGGCGAGAAUAAAUAGGGCAGGCGCCUCACGGCCUGGUUUUGGCGUUGGUCAACCUCCAGUCAGCACCAAGAGGACGAGGCGGCGGCGAGGCCUGCGUCGAGAUAGCACCGGGACCGCGGUCAGCGCGUCCGCGGGCAGGCCAGUCCUUCGGGUGGACGUCUGUAUAUAGAUCCUCUCAUAUAUAGUAUUUACACUUCUCAAUAGGUUGCUUUUACGACUUCAGUGGAGUAAAAUAAGUCAGGAUUGUUUAUACUUUUUAAAAAACGAUAAAUACUUUAUCUAAAACUAUCGACAGUACGAGCCGGAGCCAGGCCCCAGCGCCUCCUGCAGGUCUGCACAGCUCGGAUUCACAGUAGAGCCUUGUCCCCCGUCCUCAGUCCGUCCUCGCCGUCCCGUGGCCGGCCGCCGGCCCAGCCCGUCCUUGCAUAGGUCUCACGGUUGAGGUAG